CUUCAAUCUAUUAAAUUUUUAGAACAGUUGAAUAGCUAAAAUAAAAUAUAACAAGUAAAAUGGCUGGAGGAGAAGUAAGCAAAGUUUCGAAGCCCCAACUUCGGGGGCUCCUUGCUGGCCAAAUCAAGAAGAACAUUCUUUUUGCUGCUGGUGUUGCUACCCUUGCUGCUGUUAUACAAAAAGUAUUUGUUAAUGAUGCCAAGAAAAAUCAAUACGCUGCUUUUUACAAGUACAAAAUUGUCAUUGAUCAUCCCAUUAUCCCAAUAACAUUUUCAAGACACUAAUUACAUUCCAUGCUAAUCUGUAAAGUAGAGCAGGGACAGAAGUUUGAAAUGCUUUUCGCAAUUCUCCCACUUCAUACACAGGAACUGACUGUUUUUCCAAGGAGCUUACUGAAGGGAACACGAUAUAUUGGCAUAGAAAAUUAUUUUGCCUAAUCAUGACAUAUGAUAUUGAAAAGUCAUUCAACCAAAUCAGAAAUAAGGGACUUUUCGACUCCUGUGAACCAGACAAGAAGUAAUUAUACCAAUAUUGUUAGAAUGUAUUAGCUACCACUACUACUGUUAAGUUAAAAAUCUUUAAAUAAAUACAAUAAUUUUAGUCU